AUGCCUUUUCCAUUCAUAUUACCCACCACCUCCUCCUUCUCAUUCUCCUCAAGCUUCAACUGCGAGUCCCACCCUUCCCUCACACUCAACGCCAGCACGCAUCGGGGCGUUGUGAGGGACUCGCUCAAGAAGCAUAAGCGGCUACCUGCAGCAUCUCAGCCACCAAAUCUGCCAUCUGUGCUAUCUAAUCUGAACAGCUAUCUCCCGUAUCUCCUCGCGGUGGAUGCCGGCCUAAGCAACAAGGCCGUCUCAGGCGACGAGGUCAGUGUGGUCCUGACCUCGACCCCUUCUAUUGAAUGGCGGCCCACAUUAUCGGACCAUGCGGUCCCGGGGAAGGAGAUGGCCAGAGUCAAGAUACAGUCCUUGGAAUAUGAACUCUUCUUCAUCCUCUCUACCGUCGGCUACACCCAUACCCUGCUUGCUCGUUACUCACUCCACCCCCUUUACGUCACCUCAGGGGUGCCUCUCAGCGCGCAGGAGCGCACAACGGCGAUCACCACUGCUACAAAGCAUCUUCUAGAUGCCGCCUCGGCACAUGACUACCUAGCACGUCGAGCCGAGGGUCUUGCCACCACCCCCUCCUGUGCCGAUAUCUCUCAGUCAACCGCGCGCGCCAUGUCCUCCCUCGCACUCGCUGAAGCAACCCUGCUCGCCGUGCUAAAGGAUGACCCGUACCCCGCCGUCAUCGCGCAGGACCGCAACGACAACGACCGGGAGUGGAUGUACAAAGCGCCGGAGAUCCCCAAGGUCCGGGCCCACCUCUUCGCGCGCCUCUGUCUCGCGGCCGCCGACCACGCCGCGCAGGCGUCGUCUCUGUGCCAGGCGCAGCAGGGCCGCGGCACAGGCACCCCGAAGCUCAACGACGGCCUGCUGCGCUACAUCGAGGACUUCCAGAAGAUGUGCCGCGCGAAGGCGUGCCGCUUCUUCAGCAUCGACGCCGAGCUAUCGGGGCAGACGGGAAACGCCCUCGGCUGGCUGCGCUGCGGGCUCCAGGAGCUGGGCAUCGAGGUGAAGGAGGGGAAGAAAGGGGGUCUCAGUCUUAGUCGGAUAAAGAAGGACUGGUCGGAGAAGAGGGAGGAUCGGAAGGUCGAGAGGGGCACGAAUUGGGGCGCGGACGCGGGAAAGAUGGAGGAGACGAGGGUCAUUGAGAUGUUGGAUGCGAAGUGGACCAAGGUCAAUGACACCAUGCUCACCCAGGCCAUCCCGUCACCGGGAACUCUUCUCGCCACCUUGCCAUCGGGUAGGGACAUGCACAGCAUCAAGCCAUACCAAAUCCCCGAGCUCGGUAGGGAGCUGCUCGAGGCGAUGCGCGCCCCUCCAGACCACUCCGAUGAUUUUGGGGGCGAGGGGUUGAGCUCGGAUGACGAUGGCGAGAGGACGGCGGUUGCGACGUCCAUCGGUGGGUUUCCGAACACGCCAGAUAUCAGCCGGAGCGAGGGUACGAGGUCGUAUUAUUAG